AUGAUUAAUAGCAAAAUCACAAAAGCUCAAAUUUAGUCAGCCUUCAUUGACGACACUUAAUUUGGAAUAGGAGAUUUCAGUGGAAGCCCUCCACCUGAAUUUGAUAUUAUAGACUCACAACUUCACUUCAAAAAUCAAAUUUAAGGAACUGCAAGCUAGGAUAAUAUUGCAUUUGGUCGCACUCUCUUGACUUAUCAGGACUCACACAACUUGGUCCAUGAACGAAAACUAAGUGAGAACUUGACUUAGACAAACAAAUAAUUGUUAGAUCCAGAGCACUAGUUCGGCUCUAAGACUUCUGCAUUAAACUCAAUCACUGGAAAUGAAUGCACCAGAGCCCAAAACUACGACCUAUUUGAAGAGGAAAAUCUAUCAGAUUUUAGAGAAUUCGAUCAUGGAUCAGAGCCUAUAAUAGACUCACUCUCAAUUCAUAAUGUUGCCUCACAAAAUUCAAUCAAUGAUGAAAGCAGUGACCUUGAACAAAUGCUUAAGAAAAUUACAAAAUAGUCUCAAAGAGUCAUGGAACCGACUAAAUCACCUUAAAAUGAUGCUCCAAUGUCAGAAAAAGUUCAUGAAAAUCCGAUCAAAGAUAACAUUGCAAAAUCAACUCCUUCUUUAAAAGCAAUUGAUGAGAUAAUGAUUGAUCAAUCUGACUCACAAACUGAGUUUAAGAAAUCUUCAAAUGAUUUCGCAGAGAAAAAUGAGAGAAUCAAGCAGCAAUACAUUGAAGUAAUGAAACCAAAGAUAAACAUCAUAAAGCCAUUUGAUUUAGAAGAACAAAGAAAGCACUAUGAGAGAAUCAAUCAAAAUAACUUUGCAAGGUACACUCAAGCUUUGAAAGCCGCAGAGGCAAAGAAUGAGCCAAUAUUAGGAAGGAAGUAUGAUAAAAAUAAGGGGAGAUUUGUUGACAACUAAUUCUAAGAUGAGGAUGUAGAAAAAAUUGAGUAAAAACUUCGAUGGAUGCUGAAGCACGGCAGUAUUCUCUCUAAAAUGGAUGCUGAGUUGCAAUUAUAUUGCGUAGAAGAAGUCAAGAAAAAGAGGAUAGUAUAGGGAAAGAGAAAUCUUUACAGGAUUGAAUCCAAGAGGAGCAAGCAGUUUAUCAAGCCAGGCUAACUCAUGCCAUCUUCUAAAGAAUUUUAAGAAGAUCUUUACUCACCUAAAAGACUCCUGCCUAUGAGGCCUUAGGCCAAAAGUGCAGCCUCAUUCAAUGGAGAUUGCAGAAAUACCCUUUCUGUCAAUAAGUUUUCAAGUUGCUUCAACAGAGCUUCUGAGAUUGAUACUAUCUCAUAAGUGUCUGCAUAAAUUGUCUCAAUCAAGGAAAAUUAGUAAACUAAAACUUUAGAGACUAAAAAAUAGGCAUUGCUUAUUCCCUCAAUCUAUCAUGAAAUAUAAAUCCUCAAUGAUGACCCAGAGUUUCUCAAGCAAAGAGCAAAACUAGUACAAAGAGAAGGAAUCUACCACAUUGAUAAUCCUAAUACUAGAAAGCCAAUGCCUUCACUUACCCCUUAACAGAUUUAAAGGAAUAAAGGACUUUUAGCUAAAAGAAAAAUUGUUCAAAUAAGAUUAUCUGAUUCCGACAGUGAAAAGGAUAAUAAUGAUGAUGAGCUCUUUAGUAAAAUCUUGAAACAAAGGGAGGAACAAAGAACGAGAGAAAAAAAUCAAUAAAUUCAAGAAAAAAACAAUAAGAAAUUAGAGGAAUAAAAGCAGAGAGAUAUAAGUUUCUAAGAUAGAAUAGCAAUCAUCAAGGAAAUGGAGCUUAAGUCUAAAUAAACAAUGCAAGAUUUACCUGUAUCGCUUGAAUUAGAACCAAGUCUUGGCAAAGGCUCAGUAAAAUUGAAUUUAUCAUCAGAAGAUAUAACAAUACCAUAAGCUUAAAGUGUACAUAAAUCAAUUUAGAAAGAAAAGCCUCAAAAGCAAGUUACAUCUAUUUUCUAAAUAAGCUCUCCUUCAAAGUAUAAUCUAAGAAAAAGAGAAAAUGAAACUAAUGAUCCCUUUGUCUCUCAUUCAAAAUCUUUACAAAAAAGAUCUAGAGGAAGGCCUAAAAAGAUAAAUUUUCAGGAUAAUUGCAAGGAACUGAGUCAAAAUAAGGUAGAUAUAGUAACCGCUGUUUCUCACUAAAUUGAGAGUGAUUUCGAAUUCAACAUUCAUAUUUCUGAGGAAGAUUCAAAACCAAACCCUAAUGAAUAAGAAUUUAUAAAGCCCAUCUCCAUAGAGGAGAAAUAACUACCUUCCUAAUAAGUAAUCUUUUAAGAGAAGGAGAAUAUUGAAUAAUCUGAAUAGGAUAAAAUCAUCAAUUCUGAAACUCAAUAAGACGCUUUGAUGAAGGAUGAAUCAUUUGAUGAUGAUGAUAAUCAAGUGAUAAUAGAGGAAGAUUUCAUUAAGGAUGAAUAUGCAGAAUUGAAACUAAGUCCCAUUAAGAUAUCAAUGCGCCCAUUAAUGAAAGAUACUAAUAUUAAGAUUUAGGCUAAAGUUGAAGUACAGGACGAUGAUAGUGAAGAUGUUCAGGAGAUUACAUAAUCUUAAUAUUUGGAUAAUCUCUAAAAACUAGAAGUAUCCUGCUAAUAAAAGUAAUCUCAAGAAAAAAAUGAAGAAAUAUUCUCAAUCAAGCAAUAGAUUGAUACUUUCAAAAUAAGCCCUAUUAAGACUUAAUCAAAUGAUGAUUUUCAUUCUUCUCCUCAAUCAAUGAAUUGCAAAGAAUAAUUCAUGCAAAAGAUAUUUCCAAAUGCUUCUUUCCAAUCUUCUGAAGAUGAGAAUUAAUUGAAGUUAGCUACACAGAAUCACUCAAUUAGAUAAUUUCAGAAUAAAUUGCCCUCAAUCUAUUUGUUAACAAAGAGAGAGUAAUUCAAAUAUGAUGUUCUUUAAGAAUAAAUAACAAGGAAGUUCGAUGAAAUAUCUAAAAAAAGACCAGAUCACAGAGAUAGGAUAGUGAUCGAUCUGGAUUCAAAUUAUAGAUAUAAAAUUUAGGCUUCAUUUGACUUUACAUGUGAUACAGUCUUAAUCAGAUGUGUGGAUAAAUAUAUUCAUGAUGAUAAAUUCAGAGAAAUUUUGGAAAGAAGUAUGACUGCAAAAGCUGAAUUUCUUAAGUCAGAUUUAAUUGAUCAAGAACCAUCAAAGUCUGAUGUUCAAAUUAAGGUUACAAAUAAUGGUUAGUAACCAGAAUCAGAGUCCCCCAUAAAAAUAGAUUAAAUUGCUUAAAAUGAGUCCAAAGAAUUAAAGCCAACUGAUGCUUUAAACUAAAGUCCUGCCUUGAAUAAAUAGCCUGAUAUAUUUGAUUUGGCAGCUAACGAUGAAAAUUCCUCUUCUUAAGAUGAUGAUAUUUAGAUAAUCUAGGAGAAUUAAUAGCAUUCAAGGUCAGUAUUUGCUGUUUCCCAUGAAAAUUACUCUAAAAAGCCGCUGUAACUAUUGCCAAAGCCUAUGCUUAUUGAAUCCUAAGAGAAUCGAUAAUUUUGCAGAGAAAAGACUAAUUUAAGAGUAAGUCCUGUGAAAAAGUCUUUACUAUCUUAAAUUACUACAUAUUAAUUAAGGUCUAAGGUUAAACCCAGAUUGAUUUGA